GGGGCGGGGCGGGGGCGCUGCUUUGGGUCCCCGCCGGCCGGCGGCGGGCGCAGACGGCGACGGCCGCGGGACGCGCACCAUGGCUCGGGGCUCGCUGCAGCUGCGGCUCCUCGUGCUGGGGCUCGGGCUGGCGCUGCUGCGCGCCGCGGCCGGGGAGCAGGCGCCAGGCACCGCCCCCUGCUCUCGCGGCAGCUCCUGGAGCGCGGACCUCGACAAGUGCAUGGACUGCGCGUCGUGCCCGGCGCGACCACACAGCGAUUUCUGCCUGGGCUGCGCUGCCGCACCUCCUGCCCACUUUCGGCUGCUUUGGCCCAUCCUGGGGGGCGCCCUGAGCCUGGCCCUCGUGCUAGGGCUGCUUUCUGGCUUCCUGGUCUGGAGACGGUGCCGCAGGAGAGAAAAGUUUACCACCCCUAUAGAGGAGACCGGCGGAGAGGGCUGUCCAGCCGUGGCGCUGAUCCAGUGACAGUGAGCGCCCCCUGCCAGCCGGGGCGUCGCCCAUUCAUUCUUUCAUUCAUUCUAGAGCCAGCCCAUGCCUUCCAGACGGGGCUGGAGCCAAGCUGCUCCAACCACAAGGGGGGGUUGGGAGGAUGGGUGAAUCACCUCUGAGGCCUGGGCCCAGGGUUCAGAGGAGCCUUCCAAGGUGUCUGAUUGCCCUGUCUCUGGCUCCAGGACAGAAAAGGAGCCUCACGCUGGCUCACACAAAACGGCUGACACAGAUUAAGGAACUGCAGCAUUUGCACAAGGGGGUAUCCCCCUUCCCUGAUGGCCUGGGGUCAGGCUGACUUGAGGGGCAGACACAACACUAGGCCCACUCACUCGGAUGUACUGAAAUUCCACCACAGGGUUCUCAGCCUGGGAGGGUUAGGGACCUGUUCUUAACACUAGGGGGCUGGCCCUCUAGGAGGGCUGGCCCUAAGAUACAGACCCCCCAACCCCAAAGUGGGGAGGAGAUAUUUAUUUGGGGGAGAAACUUUGGAGGGGAGGGAGAAUUUAUUAAUAAAGAAAUCUUUAACUUUAAA